AUCUAAGAUUCUGUACCAUAGCCAACUAUAUUCUGUUUUGCAGCUGCUUUUACGAUACUUACCAAGACUCCUGUAGUCCGGUCAAAGCUACAGCAAGAUGUUUUCCUGGACUGUACCUUUUCUGUGGACCACCAGGCAGAUGCUACAGUUACUUGGACCUUCCAAAAGAAGGGCUGGGAAGUAAUAAAACUAGUAUCUUAUUUGGGAUCUACAAGAUCAGUACAAUACCACAGCAAAAAUGUUGUCAUGCAGAAAGACAAGUUGCCAAAGGGGGAUGCUUCCAUCUUGGUGAGAAAUGUGGAUUUGGAGAACCAGGGAGUUUACUCCUGUUCUGUGACUGUGAACUCCCUAUAUGGGUACCAAAAGAUACACUUAGACAUUGUGGGUAUGUAUUUCUGGAACACACAUAUCCUAGCUGAAAUUUGUUACUCAAAUGAAAAUAUUGGUGGAGAAUGUAAACAAUGCUGCAACAUGUUCAGUGAAAACUUGUAAUGGUAGAAGUUGAAAUAGUAACACAGAGACUGGGCACCUAGUGUCCUCUGGUGCUGGGGGCAGAGCUGAAGAAGACAUAUGCUGAUCUAGCCAACCAUUCAUUGACUGAAAGAAUCAGCUGACCGCUCUCAACCAUUGAAUGAUAAUGAGUGCAUAGAAAUAUGCACAGAAUCUAGCAGAGGUAGGCAACCUAUGGCACUCCAGAUGUUGUGGACUACAUCUUUCUAAUGCUCUUUCAGCAAAGUGCUGGCAAAGCAUCAUUGCAGGUGCAGUCCAAAACAUCAGGAGUGCCGAGGGUUGCCUACCCCUGGAAUAGACAGUAGCCAUUUCGGAAAUCUUGUUUUGGGUUGGCUAAUAAUACCCCAGUGACAUGACUGGAGGUGGAAUUACAUCUCCACCAUCAAAAUAGUGUUUGUGCAAUGUUUUAUAGCAAAACACUGCACAUACACACUCAAGGCACCAUAAUCACUUCAAAACACUAAAGUGUUUAUGGUACUUGGUUCUCUUAAUUGACAUCCAGUUUGCCAAAUUUUGGGCCAAAAUGGCAGAGUUAGAAAAUUUCAAGUUGGUUGUUAAGUCACCAUAUCUCAUAGUUUUAUGAUUCCUUAUAGAUAAUGUGCACCAUAAAUGAGCUGUACAUUUUUUUUGUUCACUACAAUACAAAUGUUUACUUUUAUCACGUUUGUGACAGAACACUCAUACACACUACUAUUUUUCCAAAAUACUGCAAGUCUAACAUUUUUAACAGAAUUUGAGGUUGGUUACAUUUUCACAGAUCAGAUAGACUUAUGCACUAUAUUGCAUGUAUUACAUUGGACCCGCAAUGCGUGUUUUGCUCUUGUGAGCUUUAUUUAUUAGGUAGAAUUUAAAAGCCCAGAGAAAAAAAAAACAUUUGUUUUUGUAAACUUGAAAUAUUUUUGUUGCUAGAAAUUAUUCAAUUUUAUUGCAAAACAAAGUACACUUAAGACAUUAAUUAAAUGCAUUUUUUGUUGUUUUAUUUUUAUUUUGUUUUAACAGAAUCCCCAGUCGUUCAUGUAAAUGCUGAAUCUCUUGUGUUAGAAGAGGGAGAAGAGAAGAAGCUUCUGUGUGCUGCAUCACACUACUAUCCACUGGAUGUGGACAUUGAAUGGCUGCGAGAAGACCACCGUCAAUCGUUCCUGCCAAUCAGAAUUCAGAAUAUAAUGCAUAGUAGCCACAAGCAUAACAUUGAUGGUACCUACAGCAUAUCAGGCUUCUUUAUGUUCAAAGCAACUCCCAAGGAUAAUGGAGUUACUUUCACGUGCCGUGUGGAGCACUUAAGUCUAACACACGCUAUUAGGAAAAGCGUGAUGAUCACUGUUACAGGUACAUUAUGAAUGCACCUACUGUUUGGCAAGUCUAAAUAGCUCAUGAGUUCAUUGUAUUGGGAAUUGCCGAUCUUCAUUGUAUAAUAUAGAGUAGUACAAGCAAAGAGAGUUAUUUCGUAGGAGCAGUUUAAGUAAAUAUGUCAUUAAGUAGAAUACUUCCCGCUUUCUCCUGUCCAACGGCUAUUAUUGCCAGUAUCCAACUCAUAGUCCAUUCUCGUCCUUUUCCUGUUUUAGUCUCCAGUUGAAGGAUUUCUUAUUAGAGUCCAUUUUAAAUAGGGUGUUUUUUUGUACAAGUCUGGAUAGCAAGAUCUGAAGGCAUCCCUAACAUAAUCAUUUAAUCGUGAAAGAGGUGCAAACUAAAAUUCUAAUUAUAUUAUGGAGAGAGCACUUUUGUUGCCAAGUCUUUCUUUAAGAACCGAUUUGUAAGCAUUUGUGUCCCCUUUUCUUCCUAUCUAAAUAAAAAGAAGAGCAUCCAGUAGUAUAUUAAUUCAUUUUAUGGCAGCUAUUGGCAUCAAUUAGUUGGGUAAUUCACCUUGGAUCUCAGCCUCUACUAAAUUGAAAAUGGCAAUAAGCAUCAUCAGGACCAGAUUUACCCUCCUUGCUGCCCCAACGCCAGUAUCCUCAAUGCAUCCCCCAUGCUAUACAUAUACAUACACACACACACACACACAUAUAUACACAUGCAUGCAUACAUAUAUACCAGGGGUAGGCAAGCUUCGGUACUCCAGAUGUUGCAGACUCCCAUGAUUAAAUGGACACUGUAGGCACCCAGACCACUUCAGCUCAUUGAAGGGGUCUGGGUGCUGUGUCCCUCUUGCACCUAGUGCUGCAAUGUUAAACAUUGCAAUUCCAGAGAACUGCAAUGUUUACAUUGCAGCACUAACUCUGCCCCCCCCCCCCCGUGGCUGUCUACUAGACUGGGGGGCGCUUCUGGAAUCGUAACAGACUUUUGGUCUGUUAUCCGAUGCUGGACAUCCUCACGCUCUGCAUGAGGACCUCCAGCGUCAGAUUUUUCCCCAUAGGAAAGCAUUGAUUCAAUGCUUUCCUAUGUGGAGGUCUAAUGCACGCCUUGCAUUUGCCGCGCAUGUGCAUUAGACCCCACACAUCGCGGGACGGCGCUGGGAUAAGGUAAGUAAAUAAAGGGUUUCUAACCCUUUAUUUACCAGGGAGGCAGAGCGUGAGUGAGGGUGGAGGCAGAGGGAUCAGUACAGUAUCCCUUUAUUUUAAGUGCAUUAUUAGAGAUGUAGUCCAAAACAUCUGGAGUUCCAAAAGGUUGGAUAUUCCUGAUAUAUAUGUAUAUAAUGUCAAAAUACCAGAGUGUUGCAGUAUGCAGUGAUACCUUUUUAUUGGACUGACAAAAUGCUUAAAAGCUUUUGAGAGUUUUCCGCUCUUUCUCAAGUCCAAAGUCAAUAUUGAUCAAUAUGAAAGAGUGUAACACUUAAAAAAACUGAUGUUGUUCAAAAAUGGUUAUUUAAACACAAACCUUAAAGUUUUAUUUAUUCCUUUACCAAUUCUCCCACUUUACUUAUAUUUGAGCAAUGUAUAUAUACACAUAUAUGCAGCUAUAUAUUUGUAUUGUCUUUCUCUGCUGUUUUUAACCCAUUUGCACUGUUAGGACAUAUCAUCACAUCCUGAAGUGCAUGUGCUUAAAUGACUUUAGGGCAUAUUAACACAUCCUAACGUCCGUGGCAGUGGAGUACUACAAAUUCCCCAGAUUAAACAAACCUUGCUGGAUCUGAUUGCCUGAGAGCCGAGGUAGUCCGCCUGCAGCCAUUUCCGCCAAUCCGAAUCAUGUGAUCGCAAUGACAGAUUGCAAGAUUGACUGCAGGGGGACUGUCUGGGUUGUCAGAUCCCCCAACAUAUAAAUAAUAAUAUUAUUAUGCACAAAUAACAUAUAAAAUAUCAUGUAUGCAUGGACCCCUGGGGAAAUAUCCCGAGUCGGCCUCAGUCACACAGCAGGAGAAUGUCUCCCUUCUCCUGACACCUGCCCUCAGGCAAUAACCCCAUUGGCAAAAUCCGACCCUGAGCAUCUUUUAGAACUCCAUCCUGUUCCAUUGAGAUUUUUUUUUUUUUAAGCAGUCACUUGACCAUAUUCAGUCACUCUAAUGCUUUUAUUUACCUCUACAACAUUCCUUAUAUAAACAUAGUGUGGGUAUCUGAAGAAAAACAUCUGUUUGAAAAGCAUUCAUCGUAGUGUCCUCACUUUGCAUAUGAUUGGAGAUAAAGAUUAUUUAUUGGUUUAGCAAAUCUAACUGUAUCUUUUUAACAGGUUCAUCAAGGUGGAGCUUGGAAGAUUGGCCGCUGCUAGCUCUCAUUGCUAUGUUUAUUGUGAUACUCCUCUACCUGGCAAAAUAUCUUUAUACAGGUAACAAGUCCGUAGUUUAUGAAAAGACUUACAUAUAAAGUAUUUCUCACAUUGAUUAGAUUGCAGCAAGUUUCAGAGAAGAACGACUAGUGUUUCUUUGCUUUAUCAUUUGCUGAGAGCCGUACACUAAAUAGGCAUCCAACAAGUGGAAACGUGUCUUAAAAUCUACGGUUAAGCAUAUCCAACCAUACUGCACCAUCAAUACCUAUUCCUGUCCAGUCAGCGGUGCAUGUAUCGUUGUGCCUUAAGUGGUAUAAACGUUUGCACAGAGAUGGUAUCCGUGUCUGUUCAGCUAGUCGUUGCUCGUUCAGGUUUACAACCUGCCUUGCUAUGUCCAUUUAUAAAUAAAAUAAAAAAAGAAAACUUUUUUUUUUUUUAAAUGAAAGAAGAGUCUAUAGAGUCAUCAACCAUCAGCUGCACAGCAAUAGAUAGAUACAAAAAUCAAUAAAACUCCAAAGGAUUUACCAUCCCCUCUGCUUCAGUGCCAGUCUGCAACUGGUAGAUAUGGAAAGAAAUUCACAAUUUCACAACUUCUUCAACCUUUUGGAAACCAUUUUAUACAGACCAAUAAUACUACUAUUAGAAGAUGGCUGUAUCUUUGUACUUGGAUCACAGGCUUCAAAGAAUUACACAUUGGAGUCCUCUUCUUUCUUCCUUUUUUCUAAUUCUGCACUUUUUAACCCGUAUAACUCCUUAUAAUAUAAUAUAAUGACUGAGACACAUUAGUUCAGUAGACCCAUAGUAGAUAUGAAGUAAUAAGCAAUCUGUGACACUCUGGAUAUUACUGAACUACAGCACCCAUGAUGCUAUAGGUUUAAGGAUUUUCUAGUUCACCAUCGAUAUGAGAGCUAAAAGGAUUCUAGGCAUCAUUUAUGGCUGAAUUACUUUUACAUCAGGGUUAUUCAGUAAAUUUGCCUUUCAGUUUUAGAGGUUGAUUUAAUAUUAACCGCUAGGUAAUAAAGACAGCUUAUCAAUACGUUUUUAAUAGUUCCGAGUGAUUUAAUAAAUGCAAUUUAAGGCUUAUCGAAAGCUACGACAUUUUGAUUUCUGAACAUUUUGAAAAUUUUUAAAACCACUCAAAUAUUUUCUAACAUCAGGAAGACGGCUACCAGAGGCAUGUAAAUCCUGCAAUGAAAACAUGUCCAUUCCUGCAGGGCAAUCAUAUUGUACAUUGCAGGGUUAAAAUGACAGGGACAUGGCACCAAGACCACUUCAUUGAGAUAAAGUGACCCCUUUAAAGAUCACUUGAAGCCAUUGUCCAAGAGUCAUAAGACAGUAUGUGGCAUGGCACAUAUUUUAAAUUGAAUACAUUUACCUGCAUCUAUCAGUUUUCAGAGGACUGAGGAUGUUGUGAGUGGAAUAUCUCAGUCUCCAGGGCUCUGGGACAUUUCCUCACUGCCCUUAAGACUCAGUCUCGGAUGUUCUUUUAUAUUCCCUCUCUUUCCAAUAUAUUUUAACCACGUCCAAAUUAUUUUGCUUGCACCUGAUCAAUUUCAAAUUCCAUUUCUUCCAAUCAACCUUUUUAUCAAGUACAGGUGGUCAAAAUUCAGAUGAUAUUAAAUCAAUUUGAAAUCUGAGGAAAUUUGAUGUCAUAGCUAGUUGGUCAUUUUCGACUGGAUCUUUCAAAUAGUAACUGGGUUAAUUUUCUAAAAGUUGGUGUUUAGUGAAUAACCUUAAAUGUAAAUUUCUCCUGCCUACGCUUGGUUGUAUUUAUAUAUUUACAUUUAAUAUAUUCACUAUGUUGUCAUAAAUAAGCAGUUUUUAUUAAUCAUGGAGACUACUACUUAUAUGUUGUAGUUUGUAUACUAACUAACAUGAAACAUGACUCCAUUUAAAAUAUUUGAUCAGGUUUUGUGGUAAAUAGUGUAUGGUAUAAUUGUGCAUGUUAAAAGGAACAGAUUGGCUGUGCUUGAUGUCUAUGUCAAGUUAAUUUACAGGGAAAUCAAAAUUGAAAAUUAAUAAUAAUAUGUCAGUGUUCCAUGUUGCUUAAUUUAUUUUUCGAAUUAAUUACUGCUUUUUCCCCCCACAGGAACAAACUCAAGCAAGGUAAGUUGUUUUUUUCUUUGUUACUAUGUUUGUUGCUAUUAUAAAUAUAUGAUUAAUGGAAUUUUGAAGGUCUGUGUCUGCCUUUGCAAAUGUAUUUACUUCCUGUUACUGAUCAACUAACUUCUGUAUACAAAUAUGUGACUAGAUCUUAAUGUAGGAUUGCGCAGAAAAGAACAAUGAGAACAAGGCGAGAGGCCAUCAGGGGCUAUAUUCACUUGUAAUAAAAAAAAAAGUGAAUGCAUUGUGCCUGCUGAUACACUGUAACACCAAAAAACAGUGCAUUGCUCUUGACUUGACAAAUGUGUUAGGUAAGAAUGAAUAAGAUUCCACUUAAUUUCUCAUUUAGAGUCCUGACUCAGUAUUAGGGGCCUAUAUACUCAAUGACUCUACCAGUGAUGUACGAAGGGGCAUAUUAAGGCAGAAUGCUGGAAUAUCAUUUAUUGCCAUUCUAUCCCUCAAUUCAUUUUUUACACUGCAAGGGAUAGAAUUAUCUUUUAGAAAACCGUCCAUUAAAUGUCUUCUGAUACUGCUGUGAAUUUGAGGACAGGGGAAUACAUUUGGCCUUGGGCAUGGGAUUAGCUGUAUAAAGCGUAGAUGAGCAGCAAGUAAGUAAUACACAUGCGGGUUAUGUGGGUAUGAAACCGGUAUAUGACAUGGAAUUAGUAGAAUUCAUUUGUUAUAGCGUAUGUUAUUUCGUACAAUAUGAGAUUGUGAUUCACUUUACUGCUUGUCAUUAAAAGAUACAUUUGAAUCAGGGAAUGUCUUUAGUUGAUGAAGACAUGGUCAGGCAUGUGAUCAGCAUAAUUAGACUUGUUUGGAAUAUUAUAAUAGGGCCAUAAAGUCGAGAUAAAAUGUAGGGUUAGAUGAAGAAUCCUGGGGUAGGGUUCAUGAUUUGGCAAAUAAGGUUAGGGUAGUGCAUGCGAACAGAAGUUAAGAACAUGGAAUUUGAGGUAUAAAGAUGGAGUAAAACAUAGUAUUAAAUGUACAUUUUAAGUAGAGCAAUUGCCUGGACACUGAAGAUUAUAAUGGACCUUUUCCUAAAAAUGGGAACAAAACAUAAACUAAAUGGGGACUCAUAUAUUUGGUACCACCUUCAGUGCCAUCUCCAUAGAGUUACAAAAACGACAUGUAUGGUUGCACUAGUACUAGGUUCCUUCCUGAUGAGAAUUUAGCAUGUAAUCCCAUCUCAGAGAUUAUAUGCUAAAAUGGUGGAAUGCUGCAUUAACUCGUUUGGUAAUGGUAGCUGUCCUUCAUCAUGGUGAUUGUGGCAAAUAACAUCACAAAAACAUGACUUGAAAUUUCUAAAACUGAAUUUAAUGUUGUUUGGAUGGAUGGCAUAUAAUUAAUUAUGUGAAGCAGGCCUCAACUUGUAAAUAACAGAUCCUGGUAAAAUUGUUAGUAAAUUGGUGGAUGAGCAUGUUUUUCAUUGUGUUUUUGUUUAGCCAAAGCCAUAUUAAGAACUGACAUACACUGGUACAUGACAGGUAAGCAGUGCUAAAAUAUGUGAAUCAAUUCAAUACAUUCUGAAGCUAUGAUUGGAUUUGUAAGUUUUAAUUAUCUCUAUAAGAUACAAUUGAAAAAAUAUUUGUGUUGUGUAUUUAUAAUUUUUUUUUAAAGAAUGUAUAUAUUUUUUUUUUGCCAAAGCAUCAUAGCUUUUACCUAAUGUAUUCUGACUUGUCAGUUACUCCUGCUUGAUCCUCACAUUUCAAACCAAUUCUCCAUUUCAUUAGAUACCACAAAGAAUUGCUUGGUAGUGAUGUCCCGAACGGUUCGCCACGAACGGUUUGCCGCGGACUCAUCAUUGAGUAAACGUUGACCCUGUACCGCACAGUCAGCAGACACAUUCCAGCCAAUCAGCAGCAGACCCUCCCUCCCAGACCCUCCCACCUCCUGGACAGCAUCCAUUUUACAUUCAUUGUGAAGCUGCAUUCUUAGUGAGCUGUCCAGGAUGUGGGAGGAACUGGGAGGGAGGGUCUGCUGCUGAUUGGCUGGAAUAUGUCUGCUGACUGUGAGGUACAGGGUCAAAGUUUACUCAAUGAUGAGUCCGUGGCGAACCGUUCGUGGCAAACCGUUCACGAACCGUUCGGCAAACCGUUCGGGACAUCACUAUUGCUUGGAAAUAAAAUUAGAGUAAUAACCUUUAUUCCUAAAAAUACUAUUUAAACUAUAUGUUCCAGUGCGAUCAUAUUGAAGUUCUUUAAUUAAUAUAUGUACCUGGGCUUGCGUAUUUAUUUAAAAGUUCCCAAUGAUAAUAAUCUUAAUAUUUGCUUAUGUUUUGGUGUGAAUAUCCUGUCUAGGCUAGAAACUUUAUAUGGAUUUUAAAAAUGUGUAAGAAAAUUAUACCUUUAUAAUACUUUAAAAAGAACUUUCAAAAGACAUCAAUAAAGACGAUAUAUAAAAUAGUGAUGAUUUUGAUUAUAGACAAAAUACUUUGAAAGGAAAAUCCAACUUUCAUUAAAGAUAUUUGUGUAGGAGUGGAUAAAUGAGGGUAUUUGAAAAAGCAGUAGCCUUAAAGGGACAUCAUAGUCACCAGAACAACUACAGCUUAUUGAAUUUGUUCUGGUGAGUAGAAUUAUUACCUUGUCUUUUCAGAGACAAUGCAGUGUUUACAUUACAGCCUAGUGAUACCUUAACUGGCCACUCCUUCCUUAGAUGGCUGUUAGAGAUCCUUCCUGGGUCAUGGCUGCCUAAAAUGCAUCCAAACAUUCAAUGUCUCCUCCUUCUGCAUGCAGACACUGAACUUUCCUCAUAGAGAUUCAUUGAUUCAAUUCAUCUCUAUGAGGAGAUGCUGAUUGGCCAGGGCUGAGUUUGAAUUGUGUUGGCUCUGCCCCUGAUCUGCCUCCUUGUCAGUCUCAGCCAAUCCUAUGGGGAAGCACUGUGAUUGGAUCAGGCCACCACUUCUGAUGAUGUCAGCAAACAGCUUGUUUUUCUGAGUCAGCAUGCAGAGUUACAGCUUCAGACUUGAAUACAAGUAAGAUUUUGCUAUUUUUAGGGAAGCAUGAGGGGACGGGGGGGGGGGGGCUAGAUGGUGGUUUUAACACUAUAGGGUCAGGAAUACAUGUUUGUGUUCCUGACCCUAUAGUGAUCCUUUAAGAGAAAUAAAAACAUAAGGUUCAUCAUACUACAACCAGCUGAUGAGUGGGGUAUUGCUUUAAUAGCACAUGAAAAGCGAAAAACAAACAAACAGGGGAAUAACCUCACCUCAGACCCCAAAAAAGGUUUAUGUUAAAUUCAUGGAUAAUGUUAGAUCUAUGGGAAUUAUGCAUAAAAAGCAUUUUUCCAAUCUAAAUGUCAUUUAUCUCAAUAUAACUGCAUUCUAUGGACCUUGGUUAACAUAUUUUAUUCACAGGUUGCUUCAACGAUUGGCAUUAAAAGAAGUGAUGGGAGCUACAGGGAACGAAGGUCAAACUUACUGCAAGUAACAAUUUUUUCAGAAAGGAUCCUUUACAUUAUCAAAGGAACCUUUUGGCAAGAAAAAAGAGAAUUUUUUUUCAUCAAUAGCAAAAGUGGAGAGUGUGGAUUUAUUGUCAAUGAAUAUUAUCUAAUAUACAAAUGUAUAAGUGUAUGAUGGUACUUGUAAAAAAUAAGCUAUGUUCUGGGAUUCUGAUAAUCUGGGAGAACAGAUGGGAAGUUUUCAAGAUCACCGCUUCCAGAUAAACAUUUCAAUGCAGGAUAUACGUAAAGAGAGACCUAUAUACAAGAGAGUACAUUGAGUGAAUGUUUCCUGAUUCUGUGAAUAACAUUCUUAUAAAAUACAUGUUAAAAUUGCAUUUUUAAUCUACACCCUAUACAUGUUCCAACACAAUAUAACUAUGUAAUCACUUUAGGACACAUGCAUUCUCUCCACUUUUUUUUUCUCUUAUAUUUUUGUUUAACUGUUUUAUAGAGUCGAUAAAAGAAAACGUUUAGGACAUGUUUCUGGUUUCUUGGAAACAUUUGUCAAUGUAUCCAGUCCAACAUUAGCCAAAAAAUACCAGGAUACAUGGCAAUGUACCCAGAUUUUUGUAGAAUUUCAUAGAAAGGUGAUCUGUCCACAACGACGUUGCAAGUUUUGAAAACACCUGGGGCUUGAGCACAAAGCAAAAUUUGGUGGUCCCUUCUAAGCCACAUUGCUAGCUCCUCCUAGGCUAGAUUUUGAUGGCAUGUGUAUACGAACACGCUGUGAAUCAUGUCUUAGUGUUUGUUUGGAUGUGUUUCUGUGUCUGUAGUGUAGUGUGUAUUUAAAGAUUGUCCGAAUUGUGAAUGCUGUCAUUCAGCGUCAGUGACCUGGAAAUACAGGGUUUCUGUUGUUUAAUUUUUUUCUGUACAAAGAUCUUAUGAGAUUACCAAUAACUUAGUUUUGGUAUACAGCACUAUUGUAAUCUACAGCUGCCCAGUAGAUGAUUUGAAUAAGGAAAUACUAUGAGGCCAAAAUAAAAUCCCAAGCAAACUCGGUUUUAAUAACAAAAUCACUAAUUUAGGACAAAAUAGCGGCUCGGCUGACUUUCGGUACGGAAGGUUGCAUGGAGUAAGGGCUCCGUAUCCAACCUAACCCAGAGCUCCACAUAAGCACGGAUUUUCUCCACAAAAUAUAACCCUAUGAAGCGCACAGUGUCCUACUACCAACUAAUAUCUUAUUCUAAACAAAUGAAACUCACUGAGCCAUUCCGACCUGGGAGAAAAGACCGCCAAAAGGUGCAACGAGAUGGCACCGACUCGGCCGCACAAUCUGAUAUUGGAAAGGCCCCUCGGAGCCUGACCUCACCCCAGACACACUAGGGGACAAACCGGUAUCAGAAAAAAGCGUCUAUAAAAUGCUCCAAGACCUAAGAUCAACAAUUCAGAAGGAUUUCCAGCAGAUUACUUCCUCCAUUCACAAAGACCUUGCAGAUCUGGGGGAGAGGAUAAACCACCUCGAACAUAAAACAGAGGAAUUGUGCACUGUGCACAAUGAUGUGGCUGAUAGGAUCAAGAGACUAGAAGAGGAACACACCAUGAUGAAAAACAAACUUGCUGACAUGGAGGACAGGUCCCAUCAAAAUGAUGUCCACUUUAGUGGCAUUGCUGACUCUGUCACCAUAGAUUAACUCUCGCCCUACAUCUGCACAAUGUGCCAGGCACUUGUACUGGAGCUGCAGGACACAGCAUGGCUGUUGGAUAGAGUGCAUUGUCUGCUGAGACCUGCCCGAUUCACUGCGGCCACACCGAGGGAUGUGGUGGCACCCUUCCACUACUAUAAGUCUAAGGCAGCCCUACUGAAUACCACCAGGAAGCUACAAAUGCUGCCGGAGCCGUACCAGCAUCUCAACCUUUUUGCUGACCUGUCAGCUUCCACUAUGGCAUGGAGGAGGGGAUUUCUUACAACAACAAAGAACCUCCGCAAUCACAAGAUCCUGUAUCACUGGGGCUUCCCAACGAAGCUGCUGAUUUGGCGCAAUGGUUCCCUUCAUACAGUCCUGGAACCAGAGGUUGGUUUUAGCAAAAUCAAGGAGUGGGGCCUGUGGAGGAACCCAGAAGCGGACUCACCUGCAAAACCGCACUCGCCUAAAAUAAUGCCAGAAUGGUCCAUGGCCGGUUCCCAGAAAUUAGCUUAAAAAGUGGACUACCAAGACUGCUAACCAUUACUCAUUGUCAGCUAGGAGACCAGGACUGCUUGUGGAGUUUUAUAGUCCACCGGCCACUCAGAAGAUGGUGAUCAUGCCCCACGUCCGCGGACUUCUACCUAUGGACUCGUCACGGACUUCUUCAAUGGCAGGUCAUAUGCAUUACUCAUCGGACACGUAAGAUACGUUACACAAUAUCGCAAAAAUGAAAAAACAAAACAAAAAAAAUAACAAUAAGCAGAAACACACACACAAAAAAAAGUUGAGAUCCAUACUACAGGAGUUGCUAACUUGUUGUAUUGUUAUAUGACAUUCUGAGAUGUAUUGCCAAUAUUUUGGUUUACUUUAAAUGUUUAAAAGUUGUUGUUGCUCCAUCUGACCCCAUCAGUACGUAUCCAGAUACAUUAGUUCUCAUGGGCUGAAUGCUAAAGGAGCAAGCGCUCUGUUGCAUCUUUGCGUGCUGUCGGGUAGGGAGUUGGUGAAGCAGAUGGUGUUGGGCUUCUGUGUUAAAUGUAGUGUAUAAAAAUUGAUUUAAUGUCCAUCCCACAUGUACUUAGCUCAUACCAGUGCUGGGGCUCGCCCAACUAAUCGCCCUGUGAAACCCAGCAACAGGGAUCUGGGUUUCCUUGUAGCCUAGGACCGACAUGAUGCAGGGGAAAACACCAAGCAUUUUGACAGCACAAAUACCAUGAUUCUGAGUAGUUGAGAUAUGGGGAUAUCACUAAGGUUGAUUCUAUUUACUUAUGCCUACUGCGGGCCACGCUGCCCUAUAAGAGAGCACUCUUUAUGAGUGGUAUAUAAAUGGGAGUUAAUUAUAUGCUAAUAUACUGCUAUGGUAUGCCCGCAGGUUUAAAAUGAACUCUUUUAGGCUAUACCCUACAGUACUGAAGGAGAAAAUCCCACGUACCAAAAGCAAAUAUGGUUUGGGUUGCUCUGGCCUCUCCUACCACACUCCCCCAGGUGAUUGAUACGGUGCAUGGCACACCAGGCCCAGCAUCUGGCCGCAGCUUACACUCUCCUCACCAAGAGAAAUUGUAUAUACUUUGUUUAUGUUGUAUUGUUAUUUGCAUUAAUGUUUGUUAUUGAAUUGCCAGUGGACCCUUUUCAUACAAUAUUGACCGCUCAAUGCCACGGUAAUGGCUGGGUAGUUGGGGCUCCCCACCCUCCAAAGUGCCACAGUUGGGAAUCACGUUGACUGUCCAAUCCCCAUUAGAAAAUGCAGGUUGUGGGUUUACUGGCUAAACCUUUUUGUUAAAACUUUUGUUAAAACUUAGGUCAACAAUGGUUAAUUUUAAUGUGCUGUUUCUUGUUUUCAAUGUCAUGUUCGUAUUUCUUGAGCUGGGUGGCGGGCAGGGUUGCCUCUUCGGUACACAGCACAAUAACUAAAAUGUGGCCGCACCAGAACGUAUACGGAUAUUAAGCUUGGGAACCACAACUAAUCGUGUAGUGUAGUGAAUGCCUGUCUGUGACAUGUUGCUAUGCCAAUGAGAUAAAUGUUUUCUACAAGGUGAUUGUUAACCAAUAUGGAAAUGGUAGUGCUGUCUGCUACUUGUGUACUUGUGUUUUUUGAUUUGUGUCAUGUAACUUAAAAGUAUUACAGUACCUGUAUUUAUCAUGUACAACAAUAACAAAAAUUUCAAUAAAAAUGAUACAUGAAAAAAAAAAAGACAAGAUAGCCAUAUAUAUCACACUUAAAUCUUUACCCCAUACAUCAGUCUUUGUCACCCACUUUGUUUCUCUCAUCGUCACCCCUAGUUGUGCCAUUGGCUCACCUUUAAUUAUUCUCCUCCUGCUCCCCAAGCCACCAUCUUCUGCCCCAAUCUGUCCCAGAGCAGCCUGCCACUGUGACAUCACAGUGAUAAUGUUUCCUCCUCCAGACAUCUUACUGUGUUCACACGCGUGGUAGGAGCGCCCUGCCAGGUCUUGAAAAAUAAAUUUAAAUAGUGGGUAGGUUGCAGCGCCCAGCAACUAUUACUAUCUUAAAUUAUGAUGGACCCUUUGGGGACAUCCUUUGAUCCCCCAGACUGGCCAUAGCUGUGUACCCCUGGCCCCUGGUGAUCAGUCCUCCACUGUCUAGGAACAGCCUCAUCACUCAAUUUCCAGCAUGCAUUUGCACAAUGCAGAACUUUAGUGAUGACAUUCCCAACCCCAUUAAGCACAAGAACUAGGUUAUUCUCAGCUAGUCUCCCCAGUCCCUGGAAUUAUAUGGCCUUCACCAUGUACUGCAUGUUUCAGUACUCUGCAGUUUUGUGUCAGAACUUCAAUGAUUUUACACAACAUGCUUCAUUGAUGACUCUCUAUCACAAUCUGCUCCUAAUUCCCCAGCUAGUUGUGGAACAGGCGACUCUGGGCUAACAACAUAUUUCAGACCUGAAACUUUUCAAGACUAGACUAGACUUGAACAGCACCCCAGCAACAUCUGUCUCUGUCCUCAAGGCUGAAAACAAGGACAAGCACUAAAUGUUAUAUUUUCAGUGAUCAACUAAACAACUUUGCUCUUCAGAGCACUAAGAAUUAAACUAAAUGUCAGUCAUUCAAAGGGCAGGAUUAUCAUUUGAAAGACAAUUGGAGCCUAGGUUCACACACUGCACAUUGAAUUUUGCCCUGGUUCAUUAAAGGAAAUCAAGGCAAUAGAAUCUGUUUCUAGAAGUAAAAUGCAAGGAUGAAACAUUUUGUUAAAGUUGUGCUCUCAAACAUGUUCGAUAUCACAUGUUCGAUAUAAGGGAACAUAGAUCAUUUGUGAUGCUCCCCUCACUAUAUCACAUUCACACUUAAAAUGCCCCAAUACAGUAAUCAGAGGUGCUUGGGACAAUCUGAAUGUAAUCUUGGUGAUGUUUCAGAUUUUAGAUUUAGUUAUGGGAAUGGUCACAUAAGGUUUUCUGGUUCUUCUCUGUUAGGGGUGUUUGUGGCAAAAACAUAAGGGGCUUCAACCCACUGAAAAAUUGGGGGUGCAUCCCUUAUAAUGUUUACAUUUAAGCUUUCCCACUCUUUGAUGUCUUCCUUCCCUAGUCCUAGUCAUACAGUCGAGCUGAGUGGGCGAACAUUUCUCUGCCCGACAUAUUACAAUUCUGUUUUUAAUCAAUCACAAUAACCAAGUUACUAUCUUGUAUGACCUCUCUUAAUUAAAACUGAAAGGGGUACCAAUUUAAAUAACUUGAGCAAGUGAAAUGCAGAAAAUGAAGUAGAAAACCUCAAAAGUUGCCUAUGUGUGAUGAACAAGUCACUAGAGCAGGAAGUGCUAUGAUGUAUUCGCUCUUUACUAAAACAGUCUAUAGACCUGUUUUAUUUAUGCAUUCAAAGGAAUGUUACAUAAAUACCUACUAGCUGUAGAAACAAGGAUGAGGGUUAAAGCAUCACUGGUAAAUGUAAAUAGUCUCUAGUAAUGUAAAAAAGGCAUGAUUCCAAAAUUGAAAAUGAUCAAUUUCAAGAUCCAAACCAUCAAAGAUCCCUGAGAGACAGAUCUCCUCCAUAACAUAAUAAUUUGAGCAGAAUCCAGAAUCUUGAUAGGAGAACACCUACAAAUUGCCUCCACCCAGUAAAUUUGUGAAAAGAAAUCCUUUAUUAAACCACACAAAAUAAUUCAAAAACUGUUAGCAACUGGUGGGAACAUAUAGGAAGGGAUAACCAGUCAGACGCGUUUUGUGCAUUCUAGCAGAGUUGACAAAUAAACCUGUACAUACAGCCCUACUUUGGCUUUUAAUUGCCUUCUGAAUGUGGGUUUUGAGUGCCCACUAUGAACUGCAUCGAGUGCUGUGUGUUAGUAACUUAUAACACUUGUUAUUCUAAUUAUAUAAAUAAUUAAAAUGACCAGAAAUUAUGUUCAACGGCACUAUGUAUACACCAAAAUGCAUAACUUUGUCCUGAUGAAACUGUUUAUGUAAAGUUGAUAUAGGUGUUUUCUUCUGAAAAAUCCUAGAGUGGUAUCUUUAUUCAAAUUUAUAUAUUAUAUAUACCCACACUCACAUAUAUCCAUAACUAUCUGUCUAUCUAUAUGUCUAUAUAUUUCUCUAUCUAUGCAUCUAUUUUAAUAUUACAUGUUCUGCAGUGCUCUGAAUUAAUAAACCUCCUCCUUGUGGGGCACCAAUUUUGAUGACAAUGUGGCCAUUCGUGAUUGCAUUUUAUAGCCUUUUUGAAAAGUUAUUCAUAUUUGUGAAUGACAAGUCCUCUUGGCAGACUAUUUGGGCAGACAAGAUGGGCCAAAUGGUUUUUAUCUGCCGUCACAUUCUAUGUUUCUAUGUUUCUCUUAAGGUGUAUAUGCAUUUCACAUCAACACGUUAAUAAAACUAGUUUCUUAAAGGACAAUACACUCACAGAAUCACAUAUCAAGAAAUCAAUUGGACAUAAAAUAGGUAAUUUAUUGUGAAUUUUGCACACAUUUAAGCAACAAAAUAUACAUUUGUGAACUUCAGAUUUCAUUCUAUACAGGACUAGACCAGCAAUAAAUUAAAUAUACACUAUUUACAGACAGAGGUCACUGGAGACUUACAGAAAGCACCGCCUAUCUAAAAAUAAUAUAAAUAAAUGUUUGGAUUUCCCUCUUUCCCUCAACCCACAUACUUAAAAAUUAUUUUUCAUAAUCUAAAAUUAGAAAUGGAUUCUGCACGUAAUUUGCAAUUAUCUAGUGCUACAUUUAGGUAGAAAUAUUAUAUCUGCAUGCGUCUCUAUAUACAGGUUUUUUCAAUAUUUCUACCUGCAACAAAGUGUAUGGGGCCACAAGCUUGAAAUAAAUUAAACCAUUGGAUUGCAUCCUAGUAUAAACUAAGGCCCACCAGUAUCUGGCUCUUUGAGCACAUCAAGUAUGAGAAUAUAAAAUGGCCACAUACUAUUACAUCAAAGGUCAAGUGAAGACGUACCUAGACCAGUACCUAGAAGUGGUCAUUAGAUUAAUAUACAGGGAUUGUUUUUUUGGCUAGGUGGAUGUAAAUCUGUCACUCAGCAGAUGUAGAUCAUUGACGUUCUUGGCUAGCAACAUUCAUAAAGUUCUAAAUUAACUAACCUUUAUUCCUUAGAAAAAUUAGAGGUUUAAAAAUAAAGCAUUACAAUUAACAUUUUUUUUUCAAAUAUACAAAUAUUUAAUGAACAUAACUUGUUGAAAAAAACAAAACAAAAACAGACAUAACAUCCAACGUGAUGAAUUUUAAGCUGUGACUGUGUUCAAAGAAAUUUGAAUAAAAUUAAAACAUAUUUGCAGCCCAUUGUUUUUAUUGGUUGGUUUAGCACAUUUUUGUUACUGUACGUUUGUUGAUGUUAUAUUAAGGAUUUGGAAGUGUACAUAAUGUUGUAAAUAUGAAAUUUCUUGACAAAUCAUUCAUGCUAAAGGGAAGUGCUUUUUGUUAUCUAUAUGUGCCCUGAGUGUUACUUAAUGUUAUUAUAAUUAGUUUCACUCUCAGCUAGAUGUGUAUAGUGCUUGGCUAUGUUUGACGACACUUGUAGCCCAGUCUGCUCUAAGCUGUGAACUCCAUUACAGAAACACUGAGAAGAAUAUUCUCUGAAGACAACAAAAGAGUUUUAUAUUUUACUUCAAAACAUUAUGUAAUCAACACAAAUGGGGACUUUUUUCAUUUGUAAAUUGUAGAUGGUAGACAACUGACUUAUUAGCAAUAUUUAGGUUCAAAUAAUGAAGUUGGAAAUGUAUUCAACUGUCAACUCAAGACAACUUGUGAGGACUCACCACAUAGUUGAUCUGUUUCAGAGUUUGACAACCAAAAAGUCAUGUCUAGUACACCUAUUGCUAACACUUUGAAUACACAAGAGGUUAAAAGUAAUAAAACAAAUAUAUAGUUACAAUCAUUUCAACAACCACAUUUAUUUGUAUCCUCUUUGGUUCUGGGAAUAUGUGUUGCUUUUUUAAGUAUCAUAAAUAAAUAUCUCACUAAUGUACAAAUAAAAUAUUUCUUUUACAAUAUGAUAUUUUAUCUAUUAAACUCCUGAUGAUAUUCUGAAAUAUGUCAUUUUUAAAUCUCUGUAAAAUUAGUUGUUUUUUUUUUAACUUACAAUACAGUCUUUGUAGAAGAAAAUUAAAUUAUAUGAAAUAAAUAGAAUAUUUUAUUGAAAUUCUUAAACAUUAGCUAUGAGCAUCCUUUAUAAAUUGUUUGAGUUACAUGUUUAAAUCCCUAGCCAUGGUAUGAACAAUGUAGUAUUAGAAUUUAAUAUUGCAUGUUGAGUGAUUUCAGCCUAUCGUGGCGUUUCAUGAUUGGGCAGCUUUGGAUAGAUUAUGCAGAAGUAAAUCAUCCACAUUAUCUGAGCCACAUAUGUAAUGUCAGGUGAUAGGCCCUAGUUCUUAUCUAAGCUGUACAAGUGAACCCUGGCUUUAGGUUCUAAGAAAGCCCUGUGUUUCUUCAAAAUGCUUAAAAAUAGUUUGACAACAAAAAUUCAAAGAGGCACUGAAAGAUUAUUUGAGCCAUAACCAAGACAUUGAGAAGUAGGGGUUAUGGUGUUAGCGUGCCUGUGAACUAUGUUACACAAAGGUAAAUAUCGUCAAGAUAUCUCAAAUGUGGUAUAUUUAUCCUAUGUGGUACUUCUGGUGGAUGUAGAGCAGAAGUAGGCAACUUUUGGCACUCAAAUAAUGCUCUUACAGCCACAAUGCUGGCAAAGCAUCAUGGGAGAUGAAGACCACAUCUGGAGUGCCAAAGGUUGCCUACCACUGGUGUAUAUUGUAUAGUUACACAUUUCGUAAUGCUAUUUGGCAGUUGUAGUGGUUAAAUUAAAAGUUGCAAUCAGGGAUGUUUUAUCAUUAUAAUAACAUUAUUUAGUUGAAUUAAGAUGGAGAAACAUGGUUUAAACACAUGAAAACAACCAUAAUCCUUGCCAUCAUCACAAUACAGUCCUUGUAUCCCUACACUAGCACAGCAUAUCCUGCUUAUCAAGUGUCAGACAAUGCCUAGAAUCCUGAUAAUGAAAAUUACUCCAAGCACCAUGAACAGUUGAAGUGGUCAUAAUAACCUGGAGUUUUAUAAUGUAGUUUGAAGUUCUUCACCAGUAGUAAUAGUUUCAACAAGGCUGGAUAUUUGAUAUUGAUAUCUGAACAUAUUUUCCUUUAAAUGUAUUUUAGCCCUCUGCAAUAAAAGGUAUAGAGAUUCCUUGGGGGAUUUGAAUGCAAUGACAAUGAUGGGAAAUAUUAGUGGAGAAUGAAUUUCUCAUUUCCUUGCCAUCAGUAAGAUAUACAAAUAUAAAUCUCAAAGGACUCUUCAUCAUUUGCCGACUUUCAAGAACUAAUUGAAAGCUAAAUAAAACCACUUGUUCCCAUUUAUUCAUGUCAAUAUUGGGAACAUGGGCAGAAGGGUAUUACUACUCAUUUCCAAAGCACUCAAUAUGUUUGAAUAGUGCUUACUCUUGUGAAUCAUGUAAAACAUCUGAACUCUCCUACUAUUCUGUGUUUACAAUACAGUGAAAUAAAGAUAAUAUAGAAGUGAUUUUUUUUAACUGAAGGUGCAGCCUUAUGUAGUUAAUUCAAAAUGUAGAAAUAAGGGCUAUCUACUGUUAAUACUAAAUAUCUAUCUUCACUGAAAUGGCACCUUGAUUUUUUUGUGAAGCCCUAGUUCUCUGAGGCCCACUUUAAUUUUUUCUCAUGAUUAGUACAGUUCUCUCAACUCUAACAAGCUGGUGGGAAUCACUAUACUCCAGCAUUGGAAAUCUAUUCGGAAUUUACACAAACAAGACAAUUUUCGUCCCAGUUGCGAUUGUUAUGAACACGAAUGCCCAAGCCUAAUAAUUAUUAUAACAUAUAUUUAAAUAUAUAGAUGAUAUGGUUCUACUGUUGAUGGGUUGGCAAAUGAGAACAGUCGACAGUCUCAAGGAGUGCCGUGAAAGUUUGAUAGUGUUUUAAACAAUUCUAAUGAAAUAUUGGUAACAAAGUGAUGAUGUGGACCCAUUAAGUAAGGGUUUUCAACUGAAAUAAAUCAAGAAUAAUGAUCCCAGGUUACCAGGAUGGAGAUCUUUAACUGGUUGGAUUCAUAAGAUUCUUCAGGCUGGAUUCUAUUAUAAGAGAUGAACAUAUUGAUGUUAACUGAAUAAUAAAUUUAGUAUAGCUGUCAGCUAGUGACCUGCUAUUAACAGGGAUAUAUAUUAGAGGGACAGUCCACUGACCAAAUACAAUUUUUCAUUUUUUUUAAAAUCAGUGUUUAGUAGAUAUACCCUAAAUGAAAACACAUUUGCAUUUAAUUAUACAUUUGUUUCACUGUGAGCAUAUGCUGAGAUAAGGUUGCAAAACCUGCAGUUUCUUGACUGUUUCUUUUGCAAACUCUCAACUUCUAACCCUGCUCAGAUUUCCUGUGGUUGUCCAAUCACAGACUUCCCAAUGCAGCAGUGAGAAGUCUUUGCGAGGGAGGUACCAGGUUAAUUUAUAAAAUAAUUAAUUUCUAUUAAAAUCUGCAGUGUUUGCAAAAUUACAAAAAUAGGAUACACUCUUUACACGUAAUGCUUUGUAGCAAGCUAAAGUGCUUUAGGAGUCUGGAGUGUCCCCUUAAAUGGAUACUUUACAGGGUGGCCAAGCAACUUGCAACCUAUGAGCUUUUUGGAUUGCAAAUUCUAUCACUUUCCAGUGUACAAGUAACAGACAAUUUUAGAUUGAGGUGGGAGAGAAAGAAGAGGAAAUUUUAGUUCUGUAAUACAAGAUGCACCAAAGCAGCUCAUCUACUGCUCAUUGUAAUAUUAGUUUAAAAUAUUGGCAUUACAACGAUUUGCUUAUGACUAAGACACACCAAGGGUUAGUAGAACUGCGAACUGAUUGUACCUGACAACUGAAAUGACACAUUAGUAAAGCCAUGUGACCAGAUAAUGGAUGUCAGCGAUGGGAAAGGAUGAUCAAAGCUGUUCUGAUUGUUUCAGUAACGGGCAUUUGUGAUGUGAAUUUAGAGUGAACAAUCACUAUAUAUAUAUACCAUGUAGAUUAUUCUCAAUAAAGUAAGAAACAUAUUCUUGUGGAUAAAAUAACUGGAAACUGUUGGACAGCAAAGCUACUGCUUAAAGGAACACUAAUAAAAAAAAAAAACAAUUAUAAUUAUUAUAUAUUUUUUUAGUUAGAUGCAUUUCUUUCCUAGUUUCAAAUAGUGGGCCUCUCAUUGAAAAAUAUAAUAAACUUUGAAACUUACUAUUAUUCCAGCUCAGAGAAAGACAAGCUCACGGUACAAGACUCUGUCUACUGCCUAAAUGUUUCUCAUAGAGAAUCACUGAAGACGUAUGGCGCAUGUAUGCUACAAUCAAGCAAACUGAGGCAUCGCUAUGAGAUGCAUCAAAUCUAAUUCUCCAUGAUGAGAAGAACUGGACAAAUAUCCAAGGACUAAUAUCUCCAUACUUUGAAUUUAAUUAUUGAAACUAUUUUUAGUAAUUUUGGGGAUUGUAAAAUGAUAGCAGAUUUAAUCUAAAGGGCUGCAGGGGUAACCAAUAUGCCCCAAAAUUAUAUCAUUAAAAUGAAGUGGUUUUGGUGCUUAGAGUGUUUCUUUAAUAGGUCGAUUCAUUUUUGAUAGGUUAAUAUUCAUAUAUAACUACAUUGUUUCCUUUACAUGUGAUAAUAGUGUGUAUCACUAUUAUAUAUUGGAGUAUUUAAGAACAUUUAGUAUGGCUAUUAUCAGGAAUUCAAUGUGCAUUUAAAGGGAAUUUAAGCCUUAAUUUGGGCAAAACUAACUGAAUUGGAGAAAUGCUUUGCAGCAACUAUAUAUUCCCUUCAGUAUUUGGAAUUCACUUUGAAAUAACUUUCAAUUUCUGACAAUUCACUAUUAAGUGAGUAACUGUAAAUUUACAAUUCCUAUACAUAUUUUUGAGAUUUGAAAAAAUGAAAUUCAAAUUUUGAGAUUUUCCUCUAGAUUUGAGCAGGAGUCAACUAGCAAUCUCAUAUGACACUUGCCAUGGAUCAUAAUCAUAUAGUGCCUGUUUGUUUUAGUUUUUUUUUACCUUGAACCAUGUAUUGUUCAAUAUGACCAUGUAAUGACCAAUAGUAGUCGGUAAUAUUUCAUAGCCUUCUAUUAUGUAAAGGAGUAAAAAUAAAUUAACAAUAUCUUAAUUUUUGGUAAUAAUCGUACAUUUGGAUCCAUUCUUCAGGCUUGAAUUACAGUACAGUUUAAACAUUCAGGUCGAUUUUUAUGUGCGUGUGCAUUGAAUGUACAAGAAGCAAAAAAUAUCGCAAAAUGAUCCAUCCAUGUUUAGAAUGGCUCGUCCAUCUUCUGCAUGGCAUCAUCACAGUAUCACAGGAAUAAUAAAGGAAUCUGGGUAAGCUAUACGAACAUCUUCAGGUUUGGGCAGAUGAAAAAGGCAGUAUCAAUGUAUCAAACGCCAGGCACCAUUUUCAGAUGGAAUGUACUUACUAUGGUGAGAUACCAUAUUGUCAGUGAUCUUAUCGUAUCCACCCAUUUCAAUAUUGAUGAAGAAGUUGGCACAGUGUGAUCAGGUAGGUUGAAUAAAAUGAUCACACGUACAAAGAUAGGUUAAAAAAAAAAAAAACAAUGUCUUCUUUUCAUUUUAAGAAGAAAAAAAUAAAUAAAAUUCUGCUGUUGGACAGAAAAUAUUAAAAGAACAUAAAAUCUGCUCACAAUACAAGUCUCACUGGACAUAGGGAGUGCAUAAAAACAACAGUUCCUUCUUCAUUCUUUUUUGGGAAUGGCCUGAUCACAAAGUGUAUCCAUUAAUGCAACAUGGCAGUAUCUAUUAAUGGAGUGAAUGUACCCUUGCCGGUCAGUUUUGAAGACAGGAAAC